AUGUACGUGAAAAGGUUUGAUACAGUAAUGUUUUACUAUGUUAUUUUAGUGAAUUUAGUGAACUUUUUGUCAUUAUCAAAUUUCCCGCCGUUCCGUCUCCGUAUGUCCCGACAUCGCAGGGGACGGAACCCAGAAGACAGAUUCCGGCAUCCGCCGGAGGACAUUACAGGGGACACUGCAGGAGGGACAUCGCAGGAGCGCAGGACAAGGUAAGAGAAGAACAUAUCCCGGAGCAGCACCGCAUGGUAAGCCCGAGUGUAGCUCGGGGUUACCGCUUGUGCUACACUCAGGAAUACCACCAGGGAGGCUA